ACCAGGCAGGCUACUAUCGCUUUCCAGUGUUUGUUGAGAAAAAAAGAAACCCACAAAAAAAAAAAGGAACUCCUCUUCCUAAUUUGUUGCAUGCCUCUCCUCCUUAAACCUCCAAUCAACCAUGAAAUAAUCCAUUCAAUUCCCAGCUUCUCCUUCUUGUUGUAGUUGUAAUCCAUAGGAGGUUAUUUCUACUUGUUUCUUUUCCUUUUCUUUGAGGGUUAUGUGAAGAAGAUGUAUAUUGAGGAAAUAAAGGAAGGAGAUCAGUAUGAGAAUUCAUGUAGAAGCGUUGUCGUUUUGGAUGCAAAGAAAGUUUUGGUAGGGGCUGGAGCUCGUGCUCUGUUUUACCCUACUCUGUUGUACAAUGUUCUGAGAAAUAAAAUUGAAUCCGAGUUUCAUUGGUGGGACAGAGUCGAUCAGUUUAUAUUGUUGGGAGCUGUUCCGUUUCCUACGGAUGUUCGACGAUUGAAAAAACUUGGGGUGUCUGGUGUGGUUACACUGAAUGAAUCAUACGAGACUUUGGUUCCCACAUCACUAUAUCAUGCUCAUGAUAUAGAUCAUUUGGUCAUUCCGACGAGAGACUAUCUGUUUGCCCCUUCAUUUACUGAUAUAUGCCAAGCUGUAGACUUCAUACAUAAAAAUGCCUCUCUUGGGAGGACAACAUAUGUUCACUGCAAGGCUGGUAGGGGGCGCAGUACAACCAUUGUUCUCUGUUACCUAGUGGAACACAGGCAUAUGUUGCCCAAGGCUGCAUACGAGCAUGUAAGAUCUAUCAGGCCCAGGGUACUUUUGGUCUCUUCGCAAUGGCAGGCUGUUCAAGACUACUAUCUUCUCAAGGUGAAAAAAACUAGUGUCCCUGGCUGUACGGUAACUCAAAAGGCUUUAGAUCUUCCGAUCAGAGGGGACGAGAAACAGGACACAGCAUCCUUUGAUGAUGGAUCUGCUGUGUUGGUAACAGAAUCUGAACUUGACGGAUAUGAUGCUAGCUGUGACUCGGGUUUAGUGGGUAAUGAUAUGUUGGCAGAGCAUGGCCUGGCUUGUAAGGUUCAGUUUGCUAGCCGGGCAGCUAUUUCCAGACUUUCAUGCUUGUGGCUUGGGUGCCACCCUGACCAGAAAUCUUCAAUGAAGAAACCAGGAAGCUCCAUCGGGGGUAAUCAGUUGAGUAGCAUAGCUGCAGACAUCCAGGUUUAUUGAGAUGUCGAAAUCUACCGGGAGUGUAAUUUAGGAGUUCCCUUUUUUUUCCCAUAAAACACAACACAAGUGAUGGUAUCCUUCUCUGUUUCCCCUAGUGUUGUGAUUUUUCCUAGUUUGAGGUCAUGUGCAGAGUGGAGGACAUGAAGAAGUAUAGCAUCCCUUUGUUCCUCCGCCUGAGAUGUGUGCUACUGCGAGGAAGGUGGGUUGUUUUCAAUCUUUUCAGAGUAGCAAAGAAAUGGCUGGUACUGAUGGUCAUGGGUACUGUUUCUCUUAUCAAAGUCCGUGACGCAAGUUCUGUCCUUUUGAAGGAAAAAUUUUCCAGAUUGUAAACGUACAUGAUCAGAUUUGCUUUUCGUUGGAACUUUUGAACGAACUGGAUUCUCUUCCCCUCUUUUUGAUCCGUGUCACAGCUUUUGUGUACGUGCGCAAAUUUGUAAGACACUAUUUGCUAUGUAAUUUUGGGGGUGAUUU